UGUAAAAAAUUGGAGUAAAUGAUAAAUCAAUUACAAAAGACAUAAACAAAUACCUUCCUGUUGAUAUAUGAUUUACCUGUCUCAGGUGAAGAGGGCUGGGAAUUUUUUUUUAUAUAUAUAACUAAAAGUUUGAGACGAAAGUUACGCUGCAAAAUGGGAUGUCGAUGCCUAAUGUUGUGGGCGGACGCCGGAGUCACUGCCCAGCGUGGCCAGCGCUCGUCCUCCCCGAGCUCUGGCCGUUGGGUUGGCAUCGCGUGCCCGGCCGUUGGUGCCACUAGGCGAGGGGCAGGGCAGGGCAGGGCACUGCGAGAAGGCUUUGGGCGGAAGACGGCUUCAUUCGACGAUAUCGACUCGGAUAGCCGUAACUUGAGGGAGAUCACAGCGUUUCUGACUGAAAUGUUACUCCACUUUACCGAUCGCGUUGAUUUGCAGAAGAAGUGUCAGAAUGCUGUUUUCUGGAUUUCAGUUCGGCGUUCAACACCAUUGUCCUACAGACCCUGAUUAAUGCUUCACAGAAGAUUCCACCAACCUGUUAUUGAAGGAUACAACCUAGGCACUUGCUUUUCACUUGAAUGCUUAUUUUUUAAUGACUUUACUGGAGCUACAUUUCAAAUCUGGCACCAUGGUAGCGAUGGAUGUGGACCCUGGACCUGCAGAACAACAACCUCUUCAGCAAAGUGGUUCUUGAAGCUCUCUGGAGAAAUGAUUAACUAUUACCUUAAAUGUGUUUAUCAGCAACAUUGUUCCAAAGCAUUAACUAUCCAAACAUAGAUACUGAAAAUGCUUAGGGGCUUUGUGUUCCUGUUUCAUAAUCUGCUGUUUACAUUUCUACUACAUACUCAAGCCUGUUAUACACUGGAUUGUACACCAAGAAAAACUGUGAAUUAUGAAGAUGCAAACUUGAAAACAUUUGCUGAACAAGGAAUCUCCGAUUAUUCAGCACUGCUGUUGAGUGAAGAACAUGGCCUCUUGUUGGUAGGAGCUAGAGAUGCCAUUUUUGCCCUCAACAUUGAAAAUGUUUCAGACUGUAUUUCACAAGAGAUGUGGCCUGUUUCGGAACAGAAACAGAAAGAAUGCAUGUACAAAGGAAAAUCGCAAGAGACCGAUUGCCGUAACUAUAUACGCAUUCUCCACUGGUUAAAUGAAUCUAGAAUAUAUGUAUGCGGAACAAAUGCAUUUCAACCAACAUGUGAUAAUUUGGUGAUUAACAAUGGCAAAAUCCUUCUAGAAAAAAGUCCUCAAGAAAGUAAAGGGAAGUGUCCAUUUGACCCGACUCAGAAGUAUGCAUCUGUAAUGGUCGAUGGAGAAUUUUACUCUGCAACAGCAAAUAACUUUCUUGGUUCUGAGCCUAUUCUACUCCGUAGCCUGAAGAACAACCUGAGGACCGAGUACAAGACUUCAUGGCUAAAUGAGCCUAACUUUAUAUACUUGGAUGUGGUUCAAGAAAGUGAAGAUACAACUGACGGAGAUGAUGAUAAGAUAUACCUGUUCUUCAGUGAAACUGCUGUUGAGUUCGAAUUCUACAAUAAACUUCUGGUUUCGAGAAUUGCACGAGUAUGUAAGGGAGAUCUAGGUGGCCAGCGAACCCUCCAGAGGAAGUGGACCAGCUUCCUGAAAGCCAGUUUAAUAUGUUCUGCUCCUGAAAUAAACUUUCCAUUUAAUAUUGUUCAAGAUGUCUUUGUAUUGAGGGCAGCAAACUGGAGAGACAAUAUUUUCUAUGCAGUUUUUACUCCGCAGUGGGGGAAACAAGACAUGUCUGCAGUUUGUGCCUUUGGAAUGUCAAAAAUUCAGGAGGUGUUCAAUGAAGGGAAAUUCAAGGCACCUGUAACAGUAGAACAAUCUCGUAUCAAGUGGGUGAUGUACAGUGGAACAGUUCCUGUCCCUCGUCCAGGUGCUUGUAUCAACAGUAAUAUCCGAAAGAGUGGUUUUAAGACUUCACUGGAUCUGCCAGACAAAACACUCCAGUUUGUUAGAGAUCACCCUUUAAUGGAUGAUUUAGUGACUCCCAUCAACAACCAACCCAAAUUAAUCAAGCAGGGUGUGAAGUACACCCAGAUAGUUGUGGACAGAGUUACAACUGUCAACCGAAAAGAAUAUGAUGUCAUUUUUCUGGGAACAGAUACAGGAUACCUGCACAAAGCCCUUAGUUUGGAGAGAGAUAUGUUUAUCAUUGAAGAGAUGCAGCUGUUCCUUUCUGCAGAGCCAGUACAAAACUUACAGCUUUCUUCAGAAAGGGGUCAGUUGUAUGUUGGAUCCCCAUCACUGGUUGUACAAGUGCCGGUUGCUAUUUGCACACAAUACAUCAACUGUUGGGACUGUGUACUCUCUAGAGACCCUUACUGUGGAUGGGAUAAAAUGACAGGCCAAUGUGUUUACAUUUCAAAGAAAAAUAUUGAUAUACAGAAUUUAGUUCAGAAUAUAGAUGAUGGAUAUCCUUCAAAAUGUCCUGACCAGGAAAUCUAUAAAGCAGAAAAGCAGAUAAUUAUUCCUGGAAACAACCUGGUUUUGAAUUGUUAUCCUGCAUCUAACUUGGCUCAAAUGCAAUGGUUACACAAAAGAAGAGCAAUUCCUGCAGCAGAUUCACGAUACCACCACUUCAGUGUUGGCUUAAUAAUAUUUAAUGUUUCUGCAGAAGAUGAAGGACAGUAUGACUGCCUCUCUGUUGAAACAGUGGCUGGUAAACUACUUUCACAAGUCUCAGCAAGUUAUUUUCUCUACUCAUCUACAUAUAAACCUAGAGUGGGUCAAUAUCCCAUUCUAAAUAAGACAGAUGUUGGUGCUAAAUCAGCCAGUGUGCCAACUUCACCAGGCAAUACUCUUCGCAGGGGCAACUUGCCUGUGAUACAAGAUAACCUUCAAACUGAAUUAACACUGAAAGGUUUCCUGGUACUUUUCAUCAUUAUGUUCAUACUACUUCUUGCAUGGAAUAUUUAUAAAGGUCAUGUGCCAAUAUUAUUGCGACCAUCUGGAAGUGAAAAUAGAAGAAGAACAGAAGCUACCAUUUUGAACAACUUGGAACAACAGCUGGAGGUGAAAACACCAUUGUCAGGGGGUCCACAACUAAAGGGUGCUCUGAACAAUAUUGACCUUCCACUUACAAGUAUCACCAAUACAAGCCCACUUGUGACAAACAGCAACAAUAAUUCAAUGCCACUAGAGAAUACUAACUCCAGCUGUGCUAGACCAUUACUUGUUUGUGAUGAAUUGGAAUACAUUGAUGCUGAUCAGACUGAAUCAAAAGGGUAAGACUAUGGAAAUGACAAAAUCUACACGCUGUGAAUAUUGGGUAAUGCAGUAUAGCCUUUUUUCAUCCUUUCCGUAAUACGUCUCUCACUUAGAUAUUCUUGUGAGAGAGGCUGUUUUACCUGAUCUAGGGUUAACAUGGAAGAAGGAGCCAUAUCAUACAUUCAAUAAUAGACUAUAUCUCAUUAUAAGUUCUGUAAAAGGGCACAGUAAUAUAUGUUUUAUAUAUUUCACCCCAGGAGAAAAUCAAUAUUCCUUUAGUCUAGUGCAUAUUAAAAAAAACUCUAAACUUAAAAGUGCCAUGGGCUUUUCAUAGUUGGGUACUAUUGGUUUAGUUAGGUGUUCAUACAGUAUAUUCCCAAUAAGCUUGUUUGAAACCACUGUGGAUGGUCAAUAAAGAUGGAGUUGCAACAUUAAUUCUCAUAUACGCAUGUGUGAGUUUAGCUAAUCCCUGGGAGCAUGAAAUCACUGAAUUUCUCCUUAGAAUUUCAUUCUAGACAAAUACUAAUGCUACUAGGAUUGAAUCUUGCUGUGUUUUGCUUGCUCUUUUUAGGUCCUUCCAUGUAGUAUUAAAAUGCAUGUGAUAAAACAUUUAACAUUCAUGUAAUCACAAUGAAUAUACAUUUGUCAAACUUUUAGUUUUAUGACUAAUAUUGGCAUAAACCGUUUUAACACAAGAAUUAUUAAGAACAGGAAAAAACGCUAUCUUACAAGUGGAUUAUUUCAAUCUCCCUGUGUAUUAUCAUCACAGAUCUCAAUCCUUUCUCACUUAUUCAAUUGAAUUCACUUAUUCACUCACUUGCCUCUUGAAUGCGCUUUAGCCAUCACUUCAAUAGUCUUGCUUGUGAACAUAUCUCAGUUUUCUAUAACAUUCUGGAUUAAGUUGUCCUGCCUUUUUUUAUUCUCUCCUUUUGUAUAUUUAACUUUAGACCUUUGACACUGAGCCAGUCACCACAGUGAUAUUCUGAGCAAAGCUAUCAGAAAUCGAAGGGUAAACCUGUAGUUUUGUGUAAAAUAGUAUUUCUGUGGUUAGUUAGGCAGCACACUGAUUGUGUUAAACAGGUUAGAAUGUAUAUGAAACAUGUAAUAUCCAAGGAUCUAUAUGUUUGCAACUGAGACAUCAAUUGAAGGGGAUGCUCUACAAUUUUUGAUUGCUCUUCAGUCCUGUAUUCCCAAUCUUUGGGCACUAAAUACAAAGAACCUGUUUGUAAGACUGCUUCUGGUAUGGAGAAGUUGUAUUCAGAGUUUCAUGCAUGAAGCUGUUGAGGGAUUCAUCUAUUCUGACUACUUUCCCUGCUUCUGAGAUUAUGAUUAUGUAUGGCUACUCCUGGAGAUGGAGCAACAAGUAGAGUUGAUCCUUGUAAUUGAGAGUAACAUUUAAAGGCAUCAGUCAGACUCUAACAACCAGUCACCUUUUCACAUUACUGGAGAGGUAGGAAAUGAGCUCUAGUUCCUGCCCCUGUUGUUUCACAGAGAUUCCUGGUGGAAUGACCAUAUGGCGAUAUCAGCUUUGGACAGGAUCAGACAAAGUAGGGCCUUCUUCCCAGUUAAUAUUGGGUUAAUGUUAUGCUCGUGCGUAAAAUUCAGUUAGUUGAGCAAGGUGCAGGAACUUUAUUCCCAACUGAGUCAACACCUUCAGGAAAUAAAGGCAGAAAAUUGGCAGCGAUAAAUCUUCCCCAAAAUAUCUGCAUAGAAAUGCAAUGCUAGGAUUAACACUAUCUGUUUUGCCAGUCUUUGUAUAAACAUAACUUUUCCCAUAUUCUCCCUAAAUCUGAUCCACUGUAACGAGCACAGGUCUUAACAGUAUUUAGAUUACAGAUACUUGAAUUAAACCCCAGUUUGCAGUAUCCUGUGCAUUAUUUUCACUAAUUCAUAGUAAUGUAAGCACAAUCAAAUGUUAGCUGCUAAGUAUAUAAUGGACCAGUCUGUAAAGGUAUUUUUGUCUCUUGAAAAUGGAAAGGUGUGAAAAAUCUAUGAAAUGUCAGACUUUUCUCUCCUGCGACCAGUAGGCCUGGACUAUUUAGUGCUCAUGGAAAUCAUAUAAGCUUUAAAGUUUCCUUAAGACUUUUUUGUUCAAAGUCAUUAUAUAAAGACAAAUCUGAUAACUUUAGGCAUUUUUUUGAUGGACCUCCCUUUUGGGAAGCUUAUUGUCCUUUUUGAGUUGUAACUUUAACUGUUCUUUUUUUUUCACCACUUGGAUCUGAGAUGGAUAUAAAAUAUCCAAUGGUUUGGGAUGUAAAGAAGUAUACAGUGGCCCUAUUAUUCUUCAGAGGUUCUGGACUACAUCAGAAGGAUAAAAGUUUCCGAGGGUCCUAUUCUUGAUUGCAUGCAUCCAGUUGCUGAAUCUAAUUCACCAAUUAACAUGCUCAUAUGAAUGGUAAGGUACUAGAAUGGUGUCAUGGGGAUAUAAUCUAACAUGAGUUAGAACAUCUGGGGAGAAAUAAUGUUGGAUGAGGCAACAUUGUUUUGUCAAACAGCCUUACUGAUAGUAAAAUACAAGGUCAAGUGUAUUUCUUGCACCUGAACUGAGUAGCUUUUCAAUUGUAAUAAAUCAUAAAGAUUUUCUUUAAAUCGUGCAACUACUCAAAUUUUUAAAUGAUCCAACACUAAUUACAAUGGUGAGACAAAUCAUGCAGUGUUGUUUCCUUAUUAUAAAGAAAUCCCAUGCAGCUAUGGACUUAUGAACAUUCUUAAUGCAUAGUUAUACAGGACAGAAACAGGGCUUUGGCCCAAAUCAUCCAUGCUCUUGAAGAUGGCUAUCUAUGUUAAUCCCAUUUGUCUGCAUUCUUUUAAAAAGUUCCUGUCCAUGUACUUGUUAAAAUAUCUCUUAGAUAUUGUACCUGUCUCAACCACCAUUGCGACUAUCAACCUUAUCUAUGCCCCUGCAACACACACAAAAUGCAGGAGGAACUAAGUAGGCCAGGCAGCAUCUAUGGGAAAAAGUAAACAGUCAAUGUUUCAGGCUAAGACCCUUCAUCAGGACCUGAGUUACUCCAGCAUUUUGUGUGUGUUGCUUGGGUUUUCCCAUGUUUUGUGAUUCGACUAUCCAUGCCCCUCAUCGUUUUAUGAACCUCUGUAAAGUCGUCUCUCACCAUGCUUCCCUCCAGAGAAAACAGGCCCAGCCUGUUAUAACUUAAGCUGUCCAGUUCAAGGAAUGUUCCUGUGAAUCUUCUAUUCACCCUCUUUAGCAAAAUUACAUCCAGAAAUGCACACAAUACUCCAAAGGCAGCCUAACCAAUCAUUUGUACAACUCUAUGAAUAUGUAUGAACUUCAAUACUCAGCCAAUGUAGACAAGCACAUCAUACACCUUCACAACUCAGUAUACCUAUGUUAACAUUUUCAGGGAACUAUAUAACUUGUACACCUAGGUCUUGCUGUUCAGUAACACUCCCCAUGGCCCUGGUAUUCACUGUGUGUAUGGUCUGAACUGGUUUACUUUCCCAAAGUGCAAUUCUUUGCACUUGUCGGCAUAAAUUCUAUCGCCCUUGUUACUUUCCCAGUUGAUCUAGAUCCUAUUGUAACCUUCGACAACCUGUAAACUUACUAAUCAUGUCUCCUAUAUUCUCUUCCAAAUUAUUAAUAUACAUGACAAACAAUAAAGGAUCCAGCACCAAUCCUGGCAGCACAACACAGGUCAUAGGUUUCUAAUCUGAAAAGCAUUCUGCACUAUCACCUUCUGCCUCUUCCUACUGAGCCUAUUUUGUAUCCAGUUUGCCCUGGAUCCCUAUACUCUAUCUUUCUGGACUAGGGUAACAUGCAGGACUUUGUCAAAUACCUUGCUGAAGUUCAUGUAGACAACGUUUACCACUCUACCCUCAUCAAUCCUUUAAGCUACCUUCUCAGAACAUUUAAAUCAAAUUUGUGAGGCAUGAGCUCCCAUAAACAAAGCCAUAUUGACAAUCCCUAAUUAGUCAUUUCCUUUCUAAAUUAAUGUAAAUCUUGUUCUUUGGAAUCCCUUCCACUGUCUUAUCCACCACUGUUGUAAGGCUUACUGGUCUGAAACUUACUGACUUAUCCUUAUAGCCCUUCUUAAAUAACGGCACAUUAGUCAUUCUCCAAUUUUCUGGUACCUCACCAGUGGAGAAUGAAAUUACAAAAAUCUCUGCUGGGACCCCAGCACUCUCUUGCUUGCUACAUAUUUAAUUUGCAUCCAGUCAGGCCCUGGGGAGUUGUCCUCUUUUUAUGUGAUUCAAAACUGCCAACAUCUCCAACUUCAUAUUGUCAAUAUUCUUCAAGGCAUCACUAAACUCACUAGCUUCCAUGCCCUCCACAAUAAAUGAAGAUGAGAAGUCUUCAUUUAAAACCUCACCCAUUUCCCACAGCUCCACAGCAAUUAGUGUGAUGCUAUUGCAGUUCGGGGCAUCAGAGUUCGGAGUUCAAUUCCGAUCCCAUAUGUGAGGAGUUUGUACGUCCUCCCUAUGAACAUAUGGGUUUCCUCUGGGUGGUCUGUAUAAGCACACUGAUCAUUACUCUAUUCCUAAUUACCCUUUUGCUUUUAAUACACCUGUCAGACCUUCCUUGCUGCCUGUGCUGCCGUUAUCUGGCCUUGAUCGCUCUAACCUUUUUAUUUGCUUCAUCUUUCACAUCUGCUACAGUACUACUUUGGGUCCCACUUCCCUGCCAGACCAGUUCAAACUUACUCAAGUAGUUCUAGCAUAUCUUGCCAGGGUAUUGAUCCCCAUCUACUUCACAUGCAACCUGUCCCUCUCCUGCCCCAGAAGAGAUCCCAAUAGCAAAAAAAAAUUGAAUUACUCCUACCUAUACCAGCUGUUCAACCAUGCAUUCAUUUGCUCUGUCCUAUUCCUGCCCUCACGAAUGUGUGGCAAAGUGAGUAAUCCAGAGAUUAGAACCCUAGAGGUCAUGCUUUUUUAACUUCAGCCUAACUCCCUAUAUUUAUUUGCAUAAUUGGCAUCUAAUUCUGUUUUUGAACCCAGAGUUCUCAACAUUUUUCUGUAAACAUAAUUUUCAGCUCCACAGUGGUCUGAGAUCUCUGCACCUUCAAUUCUGGUGAUUUGCAUUUCCAACUUCCAUGCUUCCACCAUGGUUUACUUUCCAUAAUUCAUCAUCCAUGAUUCUAUACUCCGGGAUACUCUCAUUACAUCCUCUCCUCUACCUCUCUCUCUUUUAAUGUGAAUGUUGAAACCAAGCUUUUGCUGUAAGUUUAGUUCAUUUAUCCCGAUAUUUAUGCUCAGUGUGGAAAUUUGUUUGCUAAUUCUCUAGUUGAGUAGAUUGGGUUUUCAAGGCUCAACAUAAAUAGAAGUUGCUGGUCCAGAAAAGCUGUCUUGAAGAUACAUUACAAAAAUGUUUUUUAUUUUAAAUUAUGACUUUUCAUUUGUUUUUCCUUGAAAGAGGAUUUACUGGUUGCAACCAAAUUUACACUCAAUGUGCAUAUUGUAGCUGAAAGUGCUGUUUUAUUAGAUCAUCUCUACCUCACAACUCCACAUAAAUUCCUUAUUGUACAUUUAUAUUAUAUACAAAUGAACUUUGGUUUGAUAUUCUUGCAUAUUGUACUUAAAUAUGAGAACUUUGAGCUAUAUAUAUAUAUAUAUAUAUAUAUAUAUAAAUUUGAGCUAUAUAUCCUGUAAAACCCAUGAAACGCAAUAUUUGUCAAAUGCCAUCAACCUUUUUAAAGAUUGAAAAUGGCAUUUUCCAUUGAAAUCCUGUACAUCUCUGGGAUACUAUCAUUGUCUUGGUUAAAUAUGACAUGUUGAUCUGUGCUUGCUGGUGUAUUUUAUUAAAAUUAGGGUGGUGGUUGUACCACUACCCUCAGUCUACUGUCAUUCUCAGUAAACAUGCUAUGCUAUUGCAUGUUUUCUGCUGACCUCCAUUUUUUGGUAUUCCAUGUUGUGGGAUGUUGUCAGACCUGGCAUACAAUUUUUUUUUAAAUUUCUUGCUCCAUAUUAAGCCCUAGGAAGUAGACUAGGAAGCAGCCCAAGCACUCAGUUGUGCAGAUAGAAAGGAAUUAACAACUUGAGACUUUUGACCUAACGUAUGUGUUUUGUUUCUUUUCUCUUCCUGUGAGGAAGUCUGACACUGGUCCCAGUAGCAUAAUUGAAAGCAGGAACUAGAACUUGUAGUAUCAGCUACAAUCACAACAUUCUAUUAGCCAUGAUUACCGAGUUUUUGAGCUCUCUAUCUUGGUCUUCAGUAUCCAGUGAAUAAUAUAAUAAUCUUCAGAAUGAGAAUCAAAUUUAUUAUAGUAAUACACACCCAGUAUCUGCAGAUUUUCUCCUGUUUGUGUUUCAAAUUUAUUAUUACUGAUUCAUGUCUGUUACCUGUCAUUAUUUUAAAUUAGACAAAUAUUACUAGAGAAUAUGAAUGGAUUACAUUAUUCUAAACAAUAUUUUUCACUGUCUAUUUACUGCAGGGAGCUACAGUUUUAAGAGAAAGCAAAAGGGCCAUUCAUAGCUAUGUACUUGUAAAACCUUUCCCUUUGGUUUAGCAUUCCACUAUUAAAUCUUAACUGAAUAUCAGAGAAUCCAAAGCCAGAGCAGAGCUACACCUGGGGUCUACACCUCCAUGGCUGGGAAAAUAAAAAGAACUGAGUUGUGGAUUCUAUGCCCAGAGAUGAGGACAGUGCUAGGAAUGACCAUUAUAUCUUCAAUGAUCAAUGGAACCAAAAUACAUCAGAGAACUGCUUACUCUGAUGAAACAGCACAAUGGAGUUGUGCUUAUGGAAUUGCAUCCUAACAAGUCUGAGUUCAGAAGCAGAUGAAGGAAGGGAAAACUGGUUUGGAAAAUAGAAAGUUAAAGAUGUUAGACUCAUGUAAUAUACAAGGGAAGAAAGUGGUACAAAAGGAAGAAUCUAUUGUGCAUGAUCAAGAGGGUACCAUAAUGAAAACUGAAAAUGAGUUGGCCUCAUGUUUUCAACUUUUCCACUGUGUUUUUCUGAAAACCAUAAAAAUUGUACAGUUCUACUUUGUAAAUAUUUUAAUCAAAGCUUUAGUAGUUGUUUUCAAAUUAGCAUCUUUUCAACAUGUAAGCAAUUUUUGUAUGAAAAGUGGAUUAAAACAAAAAAUUGUGUUAAAUUCUGCAACGAUAGUGGCAGUUUUUAAAUCAAUUUCAGUAUCAAAUAUAACAAAAACAAAAUAUUUCUCAAGAAUAGUUUUAAAUGAAACAUUUUUGGAAGUAAAAGGAAAAAACAUCUUGAUGAAGAGAUGCUACAGCAACGUAUUGUUAAAAUUUUACAUUAUCUCUGGAAAUCUUUAUAAAAAUGAUUUAUAAUUUAGACUUGUUUUAAAGUUUUUUAAAUUUUGGGUAUUCUACUAUCCAUUCAGAAAAAAUUUCUGUACAAAGUUUGUGAUUAAAUGAGAAUUUAAAGUUUAAUCUUAUGCCAGAUACAUUUUCUUUUUAUAGCACUUCCAAGCCGAAGAACAUAUUACUUUACUUUAUUGUCGCCGAACAAUUGAUACUAGAGCGUACAAUCAUCACAGCAAUAUUUGAUUCUGCGCUUCACGCUCCCUGGAUUACAAAUCGAUAGUAAAUAUUAAAAAUUUAAAUUAUAAAUCAUAAAUAGAAAAGGGAAAGUGAGGUAGUGCAAAAAAAACCGAGAGGCAGGUCCGGAUAUUUGGAGGGUACGGCCCAGAUCUGGGUCAGGAUCCGUUCAGCAGUCUUAUCACAGUUGGAAAGAAGCUGUUCACAAAUCUGGCCAUACGAGUCUUCAAGCUCCUGAGCCUUCUCCCGGAGGGAAGAGGGACGAAAAUUGUGUUGGCUGAGUGGGUCAUGUCCUUGAUUAUCCCGAUUAUCAAGCUUGAAAAGGCUGUUCACCUUCACACCCUCUUGCCAUUCAGUAAGAUCAUGAUUAAUCUUUCAUCUUAGUGCUUCUUUCCUGCACAAACACUUUGUCAAUGAAUCUCUUAAUAUCUAAAAAUCUAUUGAUUGUUGUCUUGAAUAUACUGGUCAUGACUGGUUCUCCACAAGCUUCUUGGUAAAGAAUUCCAAAGAUCACUACUUUUUGGGUGAAGACAUUUCUUCUAAUGUCUUCUUCUAUUCUAGAACAAGAAAUAAUUGAAUCCACAUCAACCCUGUCAAACCCUUAAGUAUUUGGCAUUUUUCAAUUAAUUUGACUUCUCUAAAUUGACCAGAACAUAGGCCCACACAUAUGGCAAACUAAUUGCACUCUUCUAUUUCAAAUAUAUUCUUCUUUAGUUGGAUAGACAAGACUAGUAAAUAAUAUUAUAGGUACAGUAUUACCAAGGUCCUAUAUAAUUGGAGCAAGAUGUCUCUUCUCUUGAAUUCAAAUUCUUUUAUAAUAAAGAUAAAAAUACUAUUGUUUUCUGAAUUGUUUUGCCUUUCUUGUACAAGAACUUAAAUAGCCCCAGCAGUCACUUCAGUAAUGAUUUGAUCUGCCUACUUCAGUUGUGCUCCCAUCUAUUAUUAUGCAUUCAAGUACGUCAUGUGAACAGAUGUGAUGUCAACAAUCUUUUUUUUGAAAACCAAAUAAUUAACAUAUUAUUUAGGCUGUUUUAUAAAGAAUGACAUUUCAGGCAAGGGAGGCAGUAGAACUGCAUCC